AUGGCACAAUACGGAGGAGAUCAUAAAGACGGAAGAGAAGGUCGGCAAACAGAUGAGUACGGAAACCCACUUCACUCUAGCACCCCUUUUACGGGUACGGGAAUGGGCAUUGGCACCGAGACUGGGACAGGCUACGAUCAACAUAAAGAAGAAGGCCAAGAAAAGAAAGGGGUGAUAGAGAAGAUCAAAGAAAAGUUUCCCGGUGGUCACAACACGGACGAGCAUCAAAGGGUGUCCUCAACGACAGGCGGCGUUAGUGGCGGUGGUUAUGGGGAAGGAGGGGAAACCCACGAAAAGAAAGGGCUGAUGGAGAAGAUCAAGGAAAAGCUUCCCGGUGGUCACAACAAUGAUGAGCAUCAAAGGGUGUCCACAACGACAGGCGGCGUUGGUGACAAUUAUUUGGAAGGAGGGGAAACCCAUGAGAAGAAAGGGGUGACAGAGAAGAUCAAAGAAAAGCUUCCUGGUGGUUACAGUACUGACGAGCAUCAAAGAGUGUCCACAUCAACGAUAUACGGCGUUGGUGGUGGUGGUAAUACAUAUGGGGAAGGAGGGGAAACCCACGAGAACAAAGACAUGAUGGAGAAGAUCAAAGAAAAGCUUCCCGGUGUUCACAACACGGAUGAGCAUCAAAGGGUGCCCACAACAACGGUAAGUAGCAUUGAUAGCGGUUAUGUGGAAGGAGGGGAAACCCACGAGAAGAAAGGGGUUAUGGAGAAGAUCAAAGAUAAGCUUCCUGGUGGUAACAUCUCUGAGCAUCAAACAGUGUCCUCAACAACGACAAGAGGCGUUGGUGGUGGUGGUUAUGGGGAAGGAGAGGAAACCUACGAGAAGAAAGGGGUGAUGGAGAAGAUCAAAGAAAAGCUUCCUGGUGGUUACAGAACUGACGAGCAUCAAAGAGUGUCCACAUCAACGAUAUACGGCGUUGGUGGUGGUGGUAAUACAUAUGGGGAAGGAGGGGAAACCCACGAGAACAAAGGCAUGAUGGAGAAGAUCAAAGAAAAGCUUCCCGGUGAUCACAACACGGAUGAGCAUCAAAGGGUGCCCACAACAACGGUAAGUAGCAUUGAUAGCGGUUAUGUGGAAGGAGGGGAAACCCACGAGAAGAAAAGGGUUAUGGAGAAGAUCAAAGAUAAGCUUCCUGGUGGUAACAUCUCUGAGCAUCAAACAGUGUCCUCAACAACGACAAGAGGCGUUGGUGGUGGUGGUUAUGGGGAAGGAGGGGAAACCUACGAGAAGAAAGGGGUGAUGGAGAAGAUCAAAGAAAAGCUUCCCGGUGGUGACAACACGGACGAGCAUGAAAGGGUGUCAACAACAACAUCUGGCAGCAUUGGUGGUGGUGGUUAUGGGGAAGGAGGAGAAACCCAUGAGAAGAAAGGGUUGAUGGAGAAAAUCAAAGAGAAGCUUCCUGGACAUCAUUAG